CUAGGUUUGGACGGACAGCGGGCUUCGGCAGUCGUCAGCGCGUGGUUUCGAGGUGGGGUUCGCAACGUCCACAUCUGGAAAGCUGACGGCCCGCGGUUCACUGUGUGGGCAAUUUGCGCGCAUGGGCGCGACGUUCGUGUAGGCGCAACCAUCGGCGAGUUGGGCAUGAUAGGGCGCGGUGGGAGUCCCAGGGCGCUUGUCCUCAGCUCCGUUGGGGUCGUUAUUCGGUUCGCCUGCCAUCUAGUGCCGUGGGGAUGGAGCUCGCACAUCAAGUGGGCAGCUCUCAAGCGAAAUCAGCGUGGGGGCAGACGGGAUAUGCGACGCGCGCACCUACCCCUAACUCCGCCCGAUUCUCCUUUGCCCCACCUUCUUGCCUCCCCACCCGCUCCUCACAGGCUACGAUGCUGGAGUCAGCUCCGCGGGCUCACGGCAUGCGAUACGCAGGCCUCCCGUUGUGGGCAACCGCGCGUGCAACGGCAGCGAGGCACCUUCCACGGGAGGAGGCUGGAACGGAAAAGGUCGGGCUGUCAUUUGCUGUCAGUUUGUUUUCCCCAACGGGUCAGCCAUGCUACACAGAGUCGUUUUUUGUUUGGGGAGGUGGCUUCGUCUUCUUGAACAUGUCCAGGGGGUGGAACUGGAAGCGCUCGUCGUAGAGCGCCACGAGGGAUGACCUCGGCGACCGUUGGUUGGGAGCGGUCCCUUCUUGAACAUGUCCACACCACGCGGCUUCCUCUGCCCAGCUGAAGUAAGUCCGUUUGUAGCCUGAUGCGUGCCAUCGGGCCAGAGUUGGGACGACGGCGGCCAGGAGCGCGUCGUGUUUGUUUCGAGUGCGACAUGGUGUGGGUUGAUGUAUGUUGUAUUGGCAGCAGACGGUGAAUUAGGAGGCUUGCUCGACGCUGUGCCUGCAAAUCAUCAUCAUGUUUAUCUUGCCCUUGCGUUUCUUCGAGUCAUCCAUGUUCUGCGCAUAUGAGCUUCAGCGUACUUAUCCAGGCCGACUUGGCAAACGAGUGGGACCCUGUCCACCCAUUAUCUAGUUGACCGUUCGCAUGUCUCAUCGAUUGGUACGGAUGUACCUACCGAUUGGCACGGAUGUACCAUGGACCUAUUUGCUUGUCCAUUCGCCCGCCGCCCAGUCGUUCUCUUCUGAUCGUACAACGUGGGCCCUGAGUACAAGCAGUCAUGGCCUUGGAGCAUCAUCUGUCUGACACCUGUGUUUCAGAGUCUCUGGAACCCGCGUGUAAUUACCAUUCUGUUCUUGUGGCGGCUUCGGGUGGGACAUGUAAUCGCAUGAUCCAUAGUGAUUGUGGCGCUUCCUUGUUGCCUUGGUCGCCAACCUGUCUGAAUACGACUCCACAUGUUCGAGUCAUCCAGCCCUCCUGAAUACUUGCUUUUCUAUGACCCAUUCUCGUUGGAUUGCUCCAGCUUCAGACCAUGCCAUGCUCUUUUCUGCCCGACCGUCACUCUGCGAGGCCACCUUUUUCGACUGCCCGUUGCGGGAUGGCGUGCGCUCCGAGUUCGAAGGAUGCCGCGACGGCCACGACGCGUGGCUCACCUGCAGGAACGCCUCGGCCCUGUCCCACAGGGACGACGGCAGAGGCUGCUGCCAGGUCAGCCAGCGGGACAACAAGUGCGCGGUGUUCGAGUACCCUGGCGAACGUUGUUGCAACGCUGGGGAGCCCGAGUGCAGUCGGCCGCGCUGUGAGCAGGGGCACUGGGCCGAGGACGCCGUGUACGACAAGCAGUCCGGACUCCCCGGCCGCCGCCGGGGCCGGGCCGCCGGGCGCACGGCGCCCGUGAUCUCCGCCCUCAGCGCGCUGGUGCCGGAACUGGGGCGCAGCCUUGGCACGGGCAUCGCCGUCUGGGCGGCGCGUGGCGACCCAGCCGUCUGUCCAGCGUGCACCUGCGAGCCCACCCUGCAGCGCCCCGACCUGCACUGUGACUGCUCGGGGCCGCGGGGUGACGCCCAGGCUGGCCCCUCCACAGCCGGGCUGGUGUCCUACGUGGUGGGCGUGACCCUCGCUGGCGCCUCCGCCGGCGCUGCGGGCGGCUGGGUGGUCUUCCGCCUCCGUGGCCAUCACGCUGGCUCGUCCGCUGUCCAGCUCGAGCCAGACGAGUUGGGCGAGGAGGCCCGCGCGCAGGUGAGGGCGCUUCGUGAGCGCACCUCCGCCUUGCAGGCACUCAUCCACGAGCGCAUCGUCGUGGCCUUGAACCCCACCACCCCCGACACCGCCUCGAUCAUCACGGUGGAUGGCGACACGUACGAGGAGCAGUUCCGCAGCACGGCGGACGUGCGCCACUGGGACGUGCUGCCGGGUGGGUCACCUGGCGGGGUUUUCCCAUGGGCGCCGGCGGCGUGGUACUACCGAUUCAGGGCCAUCCCCACGGCAGCCGCGCUGACGGCCGCAGCUGGCCGUGCCUGCGCCCGCCAGGGCGUGGCGGCGCCUGCCGGACCCGUGGUGCCUUACGUUGCGGGCAGGGUGGCCGCCGCGGCCGCGCCCGCGGCGACGGCGGCGGCUGUCCCGGCCGCGCUGCCUGGCGUUGCCCUUGGCCCUGAGGCGGGCGGCCUCGGCGCCCUCGUGGCCGCGCUCGGGGGUCAGGCUGGCGGUGCCGCUGGAGGCGCGCUCGCGCCAGCGCCAGCUCCAGCCGCGGCUGCUGCCGCCAGCGCCCCUGCCGCUCCAGGGGCCGAGGGGGCUCUCGUGGCACCUGCAAGUCCCGCCGCGCUUGCCGAGGCGCCGGCCGUGCCGGGGGCUGCCGCUGUCCCCGCCGCUGGCCCCCUCGCCGAGAGGCCCGCGCCCGCGGGCCUGAGGGCGGGGCCGCCGCCCGCCAGCCCCGGCGGCGACGCCCACAUCUUCGCCAUCGUGAGGGAUGUGCGAGGUGUGUUGCACGCGGACUUCCGCAGCAUGGUGGCACUGAUGGUCGGGCUUCCAUGGCCUGACUGGCCAGUGUGCGGGCCUCGCACGCUGCUGAGGGUGAUGCAGUAUAUGGCGCAGCGGUCAGGGACUCCGACUGCUCAUCACCAGCGGUGGCUGGCCGAGAUUGGGCUCGGCCCAGAGUCCCCUGGCGUGGAGAUCCACCAGAUGGGGUGCAUGGUUGUUGAGCCGGCCGUCGCCUACGACCCGGUGCGCGCCGCGAACUUGGGGCACCUGGAGCUCGCGGCUCGUUCGGUUCAGGUGCAGGAGGCGCUGCAGCGGGUGAUGGCGGCGGCGAAGGGCCCAACGCCGCCGGGGCCAAUGCCUGACCUGCCCCGGGGCGGAUGGCCCGGCCAGCCGCCGCCCCUGCCCCACUCGGCCAUCGCGGGUCCCGUCGCCAGUGCGGCCCGCUCCCCUGGCGACGCUGGGCACCGACUGGGUGAGGACCGAAAUCGAGACCUCCUCCCUCUGCCGCUGCUGGCUGCUGCGUACGUGGCGCCUGGCUCGUGGGGGACUCGGCGGCGGGUUCGAGCCUGUCACGCCUUCUCGCGCGCGCUCGGCCGUGCCGACGCCGCCGUGCAUGCCCUGAAUUACCUCUACGGCGACCAGUCCUCGCCCGCGCCGACGCCGUCUGCCGGGCAGCGCUGUGACGCCGCUCGCAUCUGGGACUCUAUCGUCGCCCUCGGCCCUGAGCCGGAUGCGUAUCGUGACGACGUCUCAGACCCCAACGGGGCCUUCCGGGAGCUUCUUGCUGGGCCCGCGCUGCACCCUGACGGCGGCGGGCCUACCACUCCCUACGUGCCAGACCUCGUCUCCUGGCCGGACGUGUCGCAGCCUCCCGCGCCGCUCCUUGGGCUGCUGGGCGGGCGAGACUCCGCCGCGCUGCGGGAGUGGAGGUGCCAAAUGCUUCGUGGGCCCGAGGAGGCGCGGCAGCUUCGGGCGGAGGCCUGCCCGCAGGGCCCGUGCGCGGAUCCUGCUUUGCUCCGCUCGCCGCUGGACUACGCUGCUUUCCUCAGACCAGUGGUGGAGCGCAGCAUGCUCACUUUUUCCCCUUCGCGAGGGCGUCUGGGCAACGUGGGGAUAUUUUUCGUGCCAAAGAAGAGUGGUCAGCUCAGAAUCAUCUUCGACGCGCGCGCGUUUAUUGACGCGCGUCGCACCCAGCUGCCGUCGGCGUCGGCCUGGGGGCGGCUCGAGGCGGGCGACGUUCGGUUCUCCAUCGCUUCGGCGGACCUCGACAUGGCCUUCUACCACAUGCGGGUCCCUGACGGCAUGGAGGAGUAUUUCACGUUGCCGCCAAUCCCCGCCAAGUAUCUCGCGCCGCACGGGAUCACAGUGGCGGGGGUGGACGGCGAGUCACUCUUGCUGCCUCAGGUGGUGGUGCUGCCGAUGGGGUUCAGCUGGGCUUUGCACCUGUGCCAGGCGGUGCUUCAGACCUCUCUGGGUCGCGCUGGCUUCUCGCCGAGCGACCUGAUCCUCGACGGCCAAUGCGGCUGCCAGCUCACCGACGACCCUGACUCUGUCGUGGGCGCCGGUUACGUGGACAACUACUUCGUUCUCGGCGGCCCCCCAAAGACGGUGAGCGAGCGGCUGCAGGCCGUCGCGGACGAUUUGAUGCGCCACGGGCUCGCUGUGCACGAGCUCGAGGCGCCUUCUCAGGACCGCGACUUCUUGGGGCUGUCGUUGCGCGAGGGGCGCUGGCUCAGCCUCGGGGCCCGCAAUAUCUGGAGGUUGCGCGCCGCCAUCCGCGCGUCGCUCCGGAGGCAGGUCAUCAGCGGCCUCCUGCUCCGCGUGCUGACGGGCCACAUCACAUGGGCGCUGCUGCCGCGGAGGGAGCUGCUGUGCAUCCUUGGGGCGACCUACGCCUACAUCGAGGCCGCCGGGCCAACGGCUGCCCCGCUCUGGCCCACCGUCCGGCACGAGCUCCAGCUUAUUCACGACCUGCUGCCGCCGUGCAAGGCGGACCUUGGCGCCGCGUGGCAUUGGCGGGUUGCUUGCGCGGACGCCUCGCCAUUCGGACUGGGCGUCGUUGCUCGCCGCGCCCCGCAGGACCUCGUGGGCGCCAUCGGGAGAGUCGCCGAAAAGUGGAGGUACAAGGUCGAGGGCGGGGCUCAGGCAAGGAGUAGGACGGUCGGGCUCAACCUCGAUAUUUCGUCCGUGCCGCUCGGGGACUCGGGGGCGUCGUCGCUGAUCUCGGGGAUGACGCUCGUGUAUCUGGUGAUGGGGCCUCCCGGGGAUGCCGACAAGUCGAUCCUGGACAUGCGACCUGCCGUGGACUUCGAUGAGGUUCCUGCUCACUUCGUUCGGGGUUCAGCCUGGGGCUCGGUUGCCGCGGUGUGCGUCGACGGGAGGGCCAACAUCUGGGCCCUCGAGGGGGGAACUCUCGUGCUCGGGUAUCGGCACCUCCUUCGGUCCACAUCUGCGUUCGGGUCCCGCUUCUUAAUCCUGUCCGACAGCCUGCCGUUGGUCUUGUCCGUGGGUAAGGGCCGGGCCCGCAGCAGGCAUCUGCAGAGCACGCUUCGAAAGGCGGGCUGCUGGCGCAUGCGGCUGCUCGUGUCGCUGCUGGCUUUGUCCCAGAUUGCGGCGGGGGCUCGGCGGCUGGUCGCGCCAGUGCCGUCCGCUCUCCGUACCGAGCGGGCGCGUCAUGCGCGGGAGCUCGCGGCGGAGACGGCAGCGGUGGCGGGCCUUUCGCUGCUGGAGCGGCUGGCGGUGAGGAGCUCGACGGCGCGGCCCUACCGGGGAGCGCUGGCCAGUUUCGUGGCGUAUUGUGCCGGGCGCCGCCUGGAUUGGACGAGCCAUGCGAGCCUGGGCCAGGCGCUGGUGGAGUUCAUGGACAACGGGUUCCUCCGCGGCGGCGGCGGCAACCAGGGGAACGUUCUCGUGGCGGCAGCGGCGCCCUUCCUCGGGUCCUUCCACAUGCGGACCCCCGUGCUGUUGGCGAGGGCGGCAUGGCUGGCUUUCUGCGUCCUCGUCAUGUUUGCCUCGUGCCUCAGGCCUUGGGGGGCGGCGAAGCUCUACGGUCGCCACCUCGUCGCGCCGUCCGAGGCGGCGGGCCCAGGCUACCAGUUCUUCGGGCUGCUCCUGCACGAGAGCGGACAGGAGCCAGGCAGGACGGGCGCUCUGAAGCUGUCCACUGCGCCAUCGGAGCCGCUGUGGGGGCAGGAGGUGAGUCGCCUCGGCGCGCUGUUCAGCCGCGCGCGUCGGCGGCUGUCGCUGGAUCGCCUUCGCCCCCACCUGUGCAGCUUGCGCCGUGGGGGGGCCUCGAACGACAUGCUCUCCCAGAGGCGUCAGAUGGCCGAGGCUCAGCGGCGCGGGCGCUGGCGGACCACCAAGAGCCUGAACCGCUACACCGGGGGGAUCCCGCCAGAAGUCAUGGAGCUCAGGGCCUUUGGCGGCCCGCCAGCGGACGCGGUGAGGCGGCAUUUGCAGUGGCAGUUCUGGCGCGCAGCAGCGCCUGGCCGGCCCCUGCGGCGUCGCCUUGUCCUGGAGCUCUUCUGCGGGGCCGGCGCGAAUGCCAAGGCGGUGCUCGCCUGCGGCCUCGCUGCCUUCGGACCUGACUGGCAGCGCAGCCCGCUGGAGAACCACGUGCUACCAGCAUUCGUCGCCACCGUCGUUGGCUGGAUCCGAUCUCGUCUGACAGCCAUCCGCUUGGGCUACCCGGCCUCCUAG